AUGGAAGUUAAAGAUAUACUAAUUCAUAUUGGUUCAUUAGUUAUUUAUAUAAUAGAAUUAUUACUUACAAAUACUAUUACAUUUGUUGUUGGUGCUCAUAAUAAAUAUCCUGAUAUAACUUCGAUUAUAUUCUUAUUAAUAAGUUUAUAUUUAUUUUAUAAAGUAUUUAUAAAAGCUGUUAGGUUAUGGAUAAAUUUUAUAAUUACUACUAUUAAAACUUUGGCAGUUUUGUUUUUUUUAUUUCUUGUUUUUGUUAUUUAUGUUAGAGGUUGGGAAAUUUUUAAAAAUAAUGAUAUACCAUUAAUUAAACAAUUUAUACAGUCAAGUUUAAAUUUUAAUUCAAAUAAAAAUUUAUGGAAUUUAUUUUCAAAUUUACAAAAUUUACGAAAUUUACAAAAUUUCAAAUCAAAAAAUAUUAAUCAAGAUGAUUCUAAAGCUUAUUUUGAUUAUAUAAAUUCAAGAUUUGGUGGUAAUUCUAAUUCUAAUUCUAAUUCUAAUGCUAAUGCUAAUGGUAAGCAACAUGAAGUACCUGAUUAUAGUGACAUUGAAAAUAUGGUAUCUGAAGGUAUUGAAUAUUUACAUGAUAAAAUCGAUUUACAACAAUUUGGAGAUAAUUUAAAAGACUUUUUGAAUAAAUUUUAA